CUUAGCAACUCCAUUUCCAUGUCCAUGGCAUUUACUUUCACUUUCCCUCCAUUUCCCCUCACUCUCUCCCCUCGCCCCAAUUUCCUGCUUCUCAGACCUCAAUUUCGCCACCAGUAUCUUCCCACCGUUCGAAUUCUCCGUCCUUCACUUCCUUCCGCCAUCGGACCGGACGGCAAGUUCUACCCCGACCCCGCCGACGACGACCCACCGGAAGCUCCAGAAGAUGCUGGCCAUGGAGUCUCGAAGUUUCAGCAGAUAUACCGCCAAGCAGCUCGUGCGCGGAAGCUUCAGGAGGAGGAUUUCAAGAAGCAUCAGUCUACUUAUCUGUCGGCCAUUGCUGACGUCGAGGACGCUCCGGAGAAUGCGGAUUAUUUGAAUUCGGAGAGCACUGGAGAUGAUUUGUUCGGUGAGAUUGACAAAGCUAUUGCUAUGAAGCGCAAGGAGUUCGUGAAGCAGGGGCUUCUCAAGCCCAACCCGAAGAAAGAAAAGGCGGUUGAGAAAGAUGAUCUUGAGGGCGUCGAUGAGUUGGAGACCGAGGAAGUCGCGGACUUGGAGGAGAUUAACGAGCUUCGGGGGCUUACUGUGCUUUCGGAGGACGAGGUGGACGAUGAGGAGGGAGAUGGUUCUGGGAAUUUGGACGACGAUAUAGGUGAAUUAGGUGGUGAGGAUCAACUGUCUUCUUUUAAUUCUUUUGAUGUAGAUUUUGAUAGCUACGGAAAAGUUAAGGCUAGAAUUGUGGAGCCCAAGUUCAAAAUGACUUUAGCCGAGCUUUUGGAUGAAAGUAAGGUUGUUCCUGUUUCUGUUUUUGGUAAUUUAGAGAUAGAAAUAACUGGUAUUCAACAUGACUCGAGGAUGGUUAGCUCGGGUGACUUGUUUGUGUGCUGUGUUGGGAGAGAAACUGAUGGACACUUGUUUUUAACCGAGGCUGAUAAGAGAGGUGCAGUUGCUGUGGUGGCUAGCAAGGAGAUAGACAUUGAAGAAACUUUGGGCUGUAAAGCUUUGGUAAUGGUGGAGGAUACUAAUUCCGUUCUUCCUGCACUGGCUGCUUCCUUUUACAAGAACCCAUCGAAGAAUAUGGCCGUGAUAGGAAUAACUGGGACAGAUGGUAAAACAAGCACGUCCUACUUGAUAAAGGGAAUGUAUGAGGCAAUGGGGUUGAGAACUGGGCUGUUAGGUUCAGUGGCCUAUUAUUUACAUGGGGACAAUAAGUUGGAGUCACCAAAUAUGACCCCAGAUGCUAUUUUGGUCCAAAAUCUAAUGGCAAAGAUGCUUCAUAAUGGAACUGAAGCAGUUGUCAUGGAGGUUUCGACUGAUGAACUUGCUUGUGGAAGGUGUGAUGAAGUUGAUUUUGAUAUAGCGGUUUUCACAAAUUUGACUAGGGACCAUUUGGAUUUUCAUGGGUCUGAAGAGGAGUAUAGGGACGCCAAAGCCAAGCUAUUUAAAAGGAUGGUGGACCCAGAUCGACACCGGAAAGUUGUUAACAUUGAUGACCCCCAUGCACCCUUCUUCAUAGCUCAAGGAAACCCAGAUGUGCCGGUUGUGACAUUUGCAAUGGAAAACAAAAAUGCAGAUGUCCAUCCUCUGAAAUAUGAAUUGUCACUAUUUGAGACGCAGGUUUUGGUUCACACUCCCCAGGGCAUAUUGGAGAUAUCAUCAGGGUUGCUUGGAAAGCAUAAUAUAUACAACAUUCUUGCAGCUGUGGCAGUAGGGAUUGCGGUUGGAGCACCAUUGGAGGAUAUUGUUAGAGGUGUUGAGGAGGUUGAUGCAGUUCCCGGGAGAUUUGAGCUGAUUGACGAGGAGCAGGCAUUUGGUGUAAUUGUCGAUCAUGCUCAUACCCCAGAUGCCCUGUCCCGAUUGCUUGAUUCUGUAAGGGACCUUGGGCCUAGGAGGAUUAUCACUGUUUUUGGAUGCUGUGGUGAGCAUGAAAGGGGGAAAAGACCCGUGAUGGCAAAGAUUGCUACCGAUAAAAGUGAUGUUACUAUUCUGACUUCUGAUAAUCCAGGGAAUGAAGAUCCAUUGGACAUCUUGGAUGAUAUGUUGGCUGGUAUAGGCUGGACUAUGCAGGAGUACUUGAAACAUGGAGAAAACGAUUACUAUCCCCCUCUUUCGAAUGGUCAUAGGAUUUUCCUGCAUGAUAUUAGACGUGUGGCUGUACGUGCUGCUGUUGCAAUGGGCGAGGAAGGUGAUGUGGUUGUGGUUGCUGGCAAGGGCCAUGAAACAUAUCAAAUUGAAGGUGAUAAAAAAGAUUUUUUUGAUGACAGAGAAGAAUGCAGAGAAGCAUUACAAUACGUUGAUGAACUUCACCAAGCUGGAAUAGACACAAGUGAAUUUCCAUGGCGGUUGCCAGAGAGUCAUUGAUAUAAGGUUGAAGAAAGGAAUGGGAAUUGCGGAAGCUAGCCACGGAUCGAAAAAUACUACUGGUGCAGUAUUGAAUUGCUAUUACAAGUAGUAUAUUCCAGUGAUUUAUCUUCAAGAGGGGCAUUUUGAGGACUGUUGGAUUUGGUUGGUCAGAUUGGGUGAAUACUGUACUCCAUGUCCUUGCAGUUGCGCCAGUCACUUCGAUUGGAUAAGCAGCAAGAAUUCAGAUGGGUGCCCAAGUGGGAGAUGGAAAUGAAGAAUCCGAAUCACUGCUUGCAAGUCCAGUCCAGUCCAUUAUUGUCUGUGUUAUACUUGUUUCUGUUGUUUAGGCAAUGGCAUGCUUUUGAAAAUUGAAUGUGUGAUCGUGGGUAGUUUUGUAAAUUUAGGAGGAUGGAUGCUUGCACUUGCACUUGCACCGACGUUUGCCAUAAAACACAUGGCUGGUCUGACGGCAGAGAACAACCCUGUCCUUCAUGUCGAGCAAUUUUGGGCAAGCUUUGCUUAUUUUUCUUCUGGGGUCAAUUUCUUAAAUAUCCUCCUAGUUUCCACUAUUUGCCCAAUUGGCCCCUCUUAUUUUCUUAAUUACACUACACUGCUUUAUUA